GUGGAACCAGAACCAUUGACACAAUGGGUCAGUGACUCUGGAGUCACUCCCAGCACUCUACAAAUGCUAUUACACUAUACAAGUAGCAGCACAUUUUAAUACUAGCACUGCUUUCACUUUCCACUGUCAGUUUAUCCACCUCUACUACUCCUACUAAGUGACACAUACUGCUACUAUGAAUGUGCACUGUCUACUUACACUACUACAUUGUACAUCACCCUAAGCUCAUGUCCAUAUUUCUACUCUGCUUCUACCGUUCCUACCAUUAUUAUGAGUUUGAUUGUCGCUCCUACGGUAUAAUCUCAUGUUAAAAUGUCUACUACUACAGCUCUUACAACUGUUAAAUACUGCUACUCUUUGUCCUCAUAAUACUUCCAUCACAAUUACUAAUAAUAAAUAGAACCGUUUUUGCUAUCACUUACUUUUGAUUGUAGUAACGUUGAUGUUACUAUCAUAUUACUUUGUUGACACACACAUACAAGGACAUAUCAGAUCCCUUUUACCUAUAUACUUCCUUGAAUACUACCACAGUGAAACCUUCAAUAUUUGAAAAAUCAUGAUCAAGGAUGAUAUAUUUCGUUUAUCUUACAUUACUAUCAAAACAGCCCCUGACCAGGAAGACCUCCCUCGUGCUCACUCACCUGUUCUCCUCCAGGUACACUGUAAAUACUUAUUCACCAGGACUUCCAUUUCUCGCAAUUGAGUCUGGCCAUGACAGCUACGACCACUGGCACUGCUACAAUCAUUUUUACUAUUACUUUUGUAUCAGUCAGUAUGACUACUUAAACUAUUUCUGCUUUGAAUACAACAGAUAUCACUGCAUUAUUACUUUGUAUUUCUGCCUCCAUUUGCACUGCUGCUGUCAGUAUGAAUAUAAAAACUGCUUACUCACAUGUGUAUUCACAAAAUAUUAGCCGAUAAUAAAGUACUGCUUAGUGUCUUCUUAAGACUGACUGGAGUUUACCAUGGAGUUUUACACUGUUAUUUCCAAAGUGCCACCACUGACUCUCCUAAUUCCACCGUCACUGUUGUGGCUGGGUAAAUAGUGUGUGAACAGGUUUCUUGUGUUUGUUGGGAUGAGGGUGUUGGUGAGUCCGGUGUGUGUGAAGCUGAGGCUGGUUUUUACUGUAAGCCAUGUGACUGCUGGUGAAGCUGAACGUUUGUAAACAGACCUUGACACCACACACAAGUGUUCUGAUAAUCUGUGGGUAUUAUAGGAAGAGAAGGAGGCAGGGAGGAGGAGUUGUGGAGUGUCGUGGAGAAACCGUAAUCCGACACCUAGUUUCAUUUUGUCAUCCUCCGUUGAGAAUGGCCAAACCCACUGGAGGUCAAAGGUUGCAUUCUGGGCUUGGAGAUUGGUCACUGGGCUCUGGGUGACUUCCUACUUUCUGUCGGUGGCUCGAGCUUUUGUUUGGUGUCGUGGAGCGAGGACGUAUGGCAGGCUAACACAGCCGCCGUGCCGUAGCAUGUCUGGGCUGGAAGGCCUUUUGUGAAACAGGAUCCGGAGCAGACCACAUCCAGAUGUGUCAGCAACGGUCCGCAGAGAGCUCGUCUUUUCUCCGUUGACUUCAGUCGACCCUCAGCUUCCCUCAGCAGCUGCCGCAGCGCUGCCCCCCCAGAGAGAUGAACCACCCUCGGCCCACGUCGUCCCGUGGAGCUUCACAUCGAGGACGUGCAGCGCCGUGCGCCGUGACCUCAGAGACCGGACCCCCAGUCUCCUCCCACUGUCUCGGUGGCAUGGAUUUAUUUGACCAGAUUUUGGAGAGACCCAAGCUGGUGGUGGUGGAGGAACCGAAGGAACGAGGCAUGAGGUUUCGCUACGAGUGCGAGGGCCGCUCAGCAGGCAGCAUUCUGGGGGCCUCCAGCACCGACACCAGCCGGACGCAGCCUGCCAUCGAGAUUCAGGGUGUGAUUGAGCACCUGAAGAAGGUCGUCAUCACGGUCUCUUUAGUGACCAAAGAUCUCCCUCACCGGCCGCACCCCCACUGCCUCGUGGGUAAAGACUGCCCGGAGGGAUCCGGGAUCUGUGUGGUCACGAUAAAUCCACACAACAGCCGCCGUCACAGCUUUGCUAACCUGGGCAUCCAGUGUGUGCGGAGGAGAGAACUGGACCGCUCUCUGGACAAGAGAAGGAGCCAGAACAUCGACCCAUUUCAAACUGGCCACACCAAGAGCAUCGAAGACAUGGACAUGAACGUGGUGCGCCUGUGCUUCCAGUGCGAGCUGGAGUGGGACGACGGCCGCAAGGACAGCCUCAGCCCCGUGGUGUCCAACCCCAUAUUUGACAAGAAGGCGACAACUACAUCCCAGCUGAAGAUCAGCCAGCUGAACGUCUACAGGGGACCCUGCACAGGCAAGACUGAGGUCUACAUGCUGUGUGACAAAGUACAGAAAGAUGACAUCGAGAUCGUCUUCAGACGGGGAGCGUGGAAAGCCAACGGGGAGUUCGCGCAGACGGAUGUUCACCGGCAGAUCGCCAUCGUGUUCAAGACUCCGCCCUACCAGGACCAGGACCUGAGCGAGGAGGUGAAGGUCAACGUCAUGCUCCGUCGCCUGUCUGACCAGAUGGAGAGCGAGCCGGUCACCUUCGUCUACCUGCCGUCCAACUCAGACCCGUACGACGUGAAACGCAAGAGGAAGAUCAAGUCUGAUGUCAACUUCAGGGAGAAGUCGUGUGGCACAGCGGAGCAGAGCUCAGCAACUGUGGAUCAGCUCUACGGCUUCCCUCAGACCGUGCCCAUGGACCCCAGACACUUCGAGGACAUGUGUUACAGCGACCACCAGGGCGCCAACAUGAACGUGGAUGAGUUAAAUCUCGACCCCAUUUUGGACUCUCCUGAGUUGUGGAACUUUCUGUCGGACCCCAGCUUCAACCUGCCCAUGCCCUCGGGCUACGACCAGGGGCCCGAGGGCGGAAUGGUGUUCGCCAACUUGGACAUGAACCUGAACCAGCCCGCCGGCUCAUACACGCAGGACUUCACCUCCUUCAAUGACCUGCAGUUCAACCGGAUGGUCUCGGUGAAGCAGAGUGCGCUGUCAGAAGCACCGGACGGCCCCGUGCCCAUGGUCCAGGUGAAGAAGGAGGAGGAGUUGUGAGGUGCUCUCGUGUCACCGGACUUGAUGUGACCCACCCACACUGACUGAAGUGACUGGGAAACAACGUUUUCCACAUUUAAAGGAGCCAGUUACCACUUUUGGGGUGACAUUUUGUUAGACAGUAACGUACCUCUCCAACUGACUUUGGCAUAGUACCUCUGAGAAGGUAACCUGCAAGACAUCAGCGUGUUCCUGAAUUCAACUCUCCUUCAAUCCCCGAGCCCAGUUCCAGAACUGUUACCAUGACGAUGGGCAUGCAUUGAUGAUACCAACAUCAUCAGUUUGAGAUUAUUGAAAACUAAUAAAGCACUCAGCGAGCACCAACCUCCGGCAGUGAAGCAGCUCCUCUGAUUCCACUGUGGUCAGAGUGGGCAGCAGAGGAAGAUGCCGGGCCGUGACUCGACAGCGCAGAAGUCACAGCACUUCCCCUGGUCCCUCACCAAGAAUCCUUCCCACCAGAACAACCGCUGUGCCCUUUCCCACACGUCCUGAAAAUGUUAUUGAAAUCCGUUUGUCCGUUUCUGAGCUAUGUUGCCAACAGACCGAUAAUGAGGCCGACAAGACUCGGGGACAGAUCCAGGAUCAGAUGUGUUUCGUUCACAACGCUGGCUUAAGAAGCCAGAGGAUUUUAGACGUGUGGGUCGGAUGGAUCUGCUUUGGCGACGCCACCCAGUGCCGACACACGUCCUUUAAAACCUGACGGACUACAAGUCACCGUUUGACCCGUCAGGUUCAGUCAAGACUUUAGGUUCAUUUUCAUCGUUGCCAUUACGUUGUUCUCGGGUCAGUUGUGUUCGAGCCUUGCUGGACGAGGGUUCCGCUAACAAUGAUGAUCAUUCCUGAGUAUGUUUGACUUGCUGCUAAUGAUUGUUUUGAGAAGACAGCCAUUAUUUUUACAGGAUACAUAAGGGAACCCAAAUACCACAGUCUCCGCCUCUCUUGAGUCGUGAAAAUGCACAUAUUGUGACGUCUUAAUAUUCCAUGUGUGUGUGUGUCGCCUCACGGGUGUUGUGGGUCUCUUGACUGCAGUUUCUGCCGAGCCUUGUAACCUGAGAGAAUAAAAUACAUCAGUAAAUACGCACUUGUUUGUGAUUCU